AAAGUAAACGCAUAAGCAAGAAGGCAGACGCCACUGACAAAACAAGUGUGCAGGUACAGAUUGUGUUGGAGAUUCACUGCAUAUUGUAAAUUCAUCACCAAUGGAGAGCUUGCUGUUUUUCACAGGACUCUGUCUGUUUACACAGAUGAGCUGGUGUGAUUAUCUUGUCGUAGAGGAAACAAAGACCUGGUAUGAAGCACAAGCUUACUGCAGACAGAAUCACAUUGAUCUGGCCACCGUUCAAAGCAAUGAAGACUGGACAAAUGUACAAGAAGCAGACAACACUGUAUUUACUUCAGUGGCCUGGACUGGACUGUACAAUGAUGUUACUGCCUGGCGGUGGUCUUAUCAAAAUGAAAAUAUGACAUUUGUGAUUUGGCAAUCCGGUCAACCAAACAACAAAUUUUCACAUCAGGAAUGUAUUUCAUUUGAGUCAAACACGUGGAAUGAUCGCGACUGCCAAGAAACCUAUCAAUUUUUUUGCUUCAAUGUGAAUGGAAUGGGCAGCAACAGAUAUGUAUGGAUCAGAAAUUGGAUGAACUGGUCUGAUGCUCAGAGCUACUGUAGACAACAUUACACAGACCUGGCUACCAUCCGGAGUCAAACUGAGAAUGACUAUCUGGUGCAAAUGACCGCAGGACAGGGUAUAGUAUGGAUCGGCCUGUUCAGGGACUGGUGGGAGUGGUCAGAUGGAACAAACUUUAACAAUACCGCCAUGAAUUGGAUGACUGGACAACCUGACAUAGAUGGCAGGAACUCACCCUGUGGCGCUGUAAAUCAUGAUGGUCUGAUGUAUGAUCAGCUCUGCACAGAUGCCUUUCCUUUCAUCUGUAGGAUCCGUGCAAAGAGACAGGUUGUGAAAGUGGAGGUGAAAUCUGGUCUGAAUCCAAAUGACCCUGCAGUGAUGGAGAUCAUCUUACAGUGGAUAAAGCAGAAACUGAGGGAUCAGAGGAUAGAAAAGGACACAAGAUUGAGAUGGAGAGUUCAGCCAGAUGGAAAUGUGUUCUCACUAAAACAUCAUUAAGAAGAUGGUGCUGAGGAGAGAAGUCAUAAAUAUAUUAAUCAAAAAAUAUAUGCAAAUGAUUUGUAGUUAAGCAGCUUGAUUUAUUUUAUUUUACUGAACAUAAGACUAUCAGCUUGCAGUCUACAGCAAUGUGCAAUCUUAAAAUUAAAGAUGCUCAUAAAGGUUUACAAUGAUGCCAUAAAGGGAUCAUUUUGGUUUCCCAAAUAACCAUUUUGUCAAAGGUGUUUUAAAAAAAAGAUUUCAUUCUUACCUAUUUCUAUUCAAAGAGCCUUUUUACAAUACAAGGAACCAAAAAUGGUUUGUCUGUGGUUUUAUCUAUGUCUGUGGUGUUCUGCCAUCUUAUCAUUAGUCUAUGCAGGUGCAGGUGGCAAGGAUGGAUGGGAAUUUACGUAUAUCAAGGUAUGGCCCUGUCCCAAAUGGCGCACCUCAUGUGGACUUCCAGACUUGUGGCCUUAAAUUGUGUGUGCUCGCUCAGUCUACGAGUCUCAUCUGUCAUAUUUACUCUCCGAAGUGUGCUCAUCAGCGCCCCUUUGCACUGCAGGAAGCUUAGCAGUUUACCAACCCAGAAGUCCUUGUGAAAAAUCAAUCAGAGGAGUUCACACUGAUGGGCAACUUCUCUUCCUAUUUCUGGCGUGGAGCUCGAGUCUUUCCCAAAACACAACUCCGGUGCGCCCUCAUGGACUCGCGUCAAUGGUCCCUAACGUCUGCACUACAUGAUGUCAUCAAAGUGUGGACUCUGAGGAAGUCCAUAAGUCUGGAGUGUGCCAUUUGAAACAGGGCCUAUGUUUUUUGUUACCAAGGUAUUAGCAUAUACAGGUGUAUCUCAAUAAAUUAGGAUGUCUUAGAAAAGUUAAUAUAUUUCUGUAAUUCAACUCAA